AUGCAAUCUUCACUGCAUCUCAUAAUUGUCGGCGCCGGUCUCUCGGGCCUCGCAACGGCCAUCUCAUGCGCUCAGUCUGGCCACACCGUUACAGUCCUCGAGCAAGCGCAGGGACUCGCCGAGGUAGGCGCUGGUAUCCAGAUAACCCCCAAUGCCUCAAGGCUGUUCAAACACUGGGGUCUGCGCGAGUCGAUAUGGCAGCAGUCCGUCGAGCCAAAGACACUCACCGUGCAUCGGUAUACAGGCGAUGUGCUGGCACACGACAGUAUCUUCGCCAAGCACAUCCGGCAGCAGUACAGCGCGCCGUUUCUCGAUAUCCACCGCGUUGAUCUGCAGCAGGCACUGUAUCAUCGGGCGCAAGAGUUAGGCGUUACUGUUGUUCUGUCGGAGCGGGUGAAAACGAUCCUCGUUUCAGACCCGGUUUCGGGGUCUGGGUCGUCUGACACGGCAACGCCGACCUCGACGGUGGUCACUGAGUCAGACAAGAGAUAUACGGCUGAUCUAGUUGUUGCAGCGGAUGGUCUGUGGUCGCGGUGUCGUGAGUGUCUCCAUGAUCGAAAAGAUGAGCCCUUGCCUACUGGGGAUCUUGCGUAUCGGAUUGUCCUGCGCGUGGACCAGAUACGGGACCCUGAGCUUCGUGCUUUUGUGGAGAACCCCCAGGUGCAUUUUUGGGUUGGACCGGGGGCUCAUGCUGUCUCUUACUCUCUGCGUGGGGGUGAUAUGAUCAACAUCGUGCUGUUGGUUCCGGAUGAUCUGCCACCUGGGGUGUCGAAGGAGGCUGGUUCGGUGGAGGAGAUGAAAAGUCUGUUCAAGGGAUGGGAUCCUAUCCUAACCCGGUUUCUUUCCCAUGUCGACAAAGUCGACAAGUGGAAGCUUAUGCACCAUGCUGAAAUGGAAACUUGGAUUAACCCCUCCUCGACUCUUGUCUUCGUCGGCGAUGCCUGCCAUCCCAUGCUCCCCUAUCUCGCGCAAGGAGCAAACUCGUCUCUCGAAGACGGCGCCGUCUUAGGCGGACUCCUCGGCCAUCUUACUAGCAAAGCCCAACUCCCCCAGAUUCUACGUUUAUAUGAAUCGUUGCGGAAGAGCAGGGGAGAGGCGAUUGUGCGAGAAACGUUUAAGCAGCAGCGGCACGAUUUCCACCUUCCUGAUGGACCAGAACAGCAGAAGCGAGACGCCAUUUUUCACUCCCAGUUGGGGAAGAGUGAGAUUGAGGGCGCCUUUCCAAGUCGCUGGACCUGCCCGAAGGUCCAACCCUGGCUCUAUGGCUACGACGCCAUACAAGAAGUCGAGAAGGCAGUUGCGGAAAAUCCGAAAAUCUUUGGUACCAGCGCGGAGCUGCUCAGGGUUGGCCAGAAGGUGUGUUCGUGGGCUACUUUAUCUUCGUAUCUACCGCUGUAUUUGCCGGUUUUCUUAUUUGGUGUUGGGAAGCUUGUUCUCUAA